AUGAUUAUCCAUUAACAACAGUUGAAGAUUAUUUUCGAAAUAUUGAAAAUCGUCAAGAAUUUGAUGUUUGUAAUCGUGAUAGUUUACGAAAUGAAUGUCUAUUUAAAUUAUAUCUUCCAAUGAAAACAACAGUUAAAGAAGUUAUUCGAUUAAUUGCUGAACGAAUUGAAUAUUCACAACAACAGAUUAUUUUACAAAAACCUUCAACGUAA